AUGGAGCAAGAUAUGGAGAAUGAACGUUGGGAAAAAUCUAUAGAAGUUGAACUUCUUGCUAUAGAAGAGAAUCAUGUUGGCAAAUUUUGGCCUGCCAGUCCAACCCCUUCUGUCUUGUGGGAAACUACCAUUCAAACCUGGAGAUUGUUAGCUCAAAUUUCAAAUACUGCUGCAACAGUAGCUAGUA